AGCGAGAGAGAGAAGCACCAGACCAGCCCCUCCAAAAUGUGCGUCAGUGAAAGUGUUGAGUCCUGGUGCUCCAUCCCGCUCCAUACUUUCCAGUUAGGCUCCAUGAGCACGAACAACUCUCCAACCGCAGACGUCGAUAACACAGCCGUAUUUCACCUGGGAAUUGGAAGACCAUACCAAACAAUCAUGUUGGAGAACGAGGCUUUUUCCUGUUUUGUUUUCUAUAGUGUUCUCCUGGUCAUCAAGAUGUACAUCAUAGCAAUCAUCACUGGACAAGUCAGGCUUCGUAAAAAGGCUUUCGCUAACCCAGAGGAUGCGCAGAGACACGGCGGCGUCCAGUACUACAGAGAGGAUCCGGACGUAGAACGGUGCCGAAGAGCUCACCGUAACGACAUGGAGAAUAUCUUCCCUUUCCUGUUCCUGGGGGCUGUGUACUCCCUGAUUGGCCCGUCGCUUGCCGUGGCCCGCGCUCACUUCCUGGUCUUCUUCCUGUUCCGCAUGCUCCAUACAGUGGCCUACCUGUGUGUCCUGCGGGCACCCACACGCUCCCUGGCCUAUGUCGUCGCCCAAGUGCCCUGCGUCUCCAUGGCCGUGCAGGUCCUCGCGGCGGUGGCCUCCUCGUGGUAGUUGUGGUGUUCUGGAUCUAUCUGUGACCGCUUCAAUCUGAGACCUAUCUCAGUCUGUGAGAUCAGCGGUAGAGGAUACUGCAAGAGAUGCUUUUCAUACAAGAGAAAUCCUCAAGACUAUAUCGCUAUCAAUGCUACCAUAGCAGUUUGUGUCUCUCGGCUGUAAGACAGUGUGUACUCUGAAAGUGUGUACUCUGAAAGUGUGUACUCUGAAAUGAAGUCAGUGUUGUGCUCUAGCAAGCACAUCCUCCUGCAGUACUGUAUGUUUGCUAUGCAAUGUUGAAGUCAAUUGCCUCCCUCUUGAUAGUCCAGGGGACUCAACUCUCUGAAGAUAAAGGUUUUAAUUAGUUAACAUUGAACCUUUUAACCAGUUCAUUGUGUUGUCAUGUUGUUUUUGUAUACACAAGUUGUUGCUUGUUUCUGUCUUUUUUAUUCUCUAUUUCUUGUUAUAAACUGGGUGGUUUGAGCUCUGAAUACUGAUUGGCUGACAGCUGUGUUAUUUUUACUGCUCUAAUUACGUUGGUAACCAGUUUCUAAUAGAAAUAAGGCACCUCAGGUGUUUAUGGUAUAUUGCCAGUAUAUCACGGCUAAGGGCUGUAUCCAGGCACUCCGCGUUGCGUUGUGCGUAAGAACAGCCCUUAGCCGUGGUAUAUUGGCCCAAUACCACACCCCCUCGGGCCUUAUUGCUUAAUUAUACUUAACCCUGAUUGGCUCCAGGGGUGCUGUACUACAAUGGCUGACCCUGUAAAACAAUACAUUUCACUGCACCUAUUUUAUUCCACUGAGAGCUAUUUUAGUACAGUCUGGGAUAUAAUGACCUUUUAUCUGAAACCAGCUUGAUCCAGUCUUAGAGGUUGAACUGAAGAGCAGGCAUGUGCCCUUCUAAGGAACUUUUCCAGUGUGGUGGUUCACUGUGUUCGUUUAUCUAGCAUUGGCCACCAUGGCAUCACAUGAUGGGGGAUGAUGACACAGAGACAUCAUGUCUACCACACCUGUCGAUGGGAUACUGAUGAGGCCAAGAGUUUUUCCUGAUCACAGGAUUUGACUACAUCCCAUAGUUUUUCCUGGUCUGGUCCUGGACCUAGAUAGGUGCUAUGACUGCUGAAUUGUCCAUAAUCAUAACAUAUAUUUUAUCCUCCACCUCUGUGUUUCUUUAGCCUGGUUCUAGAUCAAAAUUGGCAAGGCAGGAUAGGGGUUUCUUCAGUAUUGUCCAUGUAGGGUAGCCUAGUGGUUAGAGCGUUGGACUAGUAACCGGAAGGUUACCGAGCUGACAAGGUACAAAUCUGUCGUUCUGCCCCUGAACAGGCAGUUAACCCACUGUUCCUAGGCCGUCAUUGAAAAUAAGAAUUUGUUCUUAACUGACUUGCCUAGUUAAAUAAAGGUAAAAUAAAAUAAAUAACCAAUGGGUGGUUUGUUGAUGAAUGGUCCUCUACUGUGUUGUGUCUUCUACACUGCAGCCGCUUGAGGCUUGCUAGAGCAGAAGUUGGCAUUGUGAAACCUAUGUGUGUCAACUGGGCGUCAUUACUGGACAGUUAUUGCACAUUUCCAAGUUACUGCAACACAAUUCCAAGUUACUACAACACAUUUCCAAGUUACUGCAACACAAUUCCAAGUUACUACAACACAUUUCCAAGUUACUGCAACACAAUUCCAAGUUACUACAACACAUUUCCAAGUUACUGCAACACAGUUCCAAAGUCUUUGUGUUUGACCUAAUACAAUGCUAUUUCUCUGUAAAUAAAUUAACCACAGACUUUCAGCAUGCUUCUAGAGAAGGUCGCUCAACAUGUACUGCACUGACACAACUGACUGAUGAGCUGUUCUUGUCUAUUAAUGUUCUGUAUUAUGUCAUUCUGUAUUAUGUUUCAUGUUUUGUGUGGACCCCAGGAAGAGUAGCUGCUGUUUUUGCAACAGCUAAUGGGGAUCCAUAAUAAAAUACCAAAUACCCACUGGGCACAGACGUCAAUUCAAUGUCUAUUCCACAUUGGUUCAAUGUAAUUUCAUAAAAAUAAUAUGGAAACAAUGUUAAUUCAAGCAGUGUAUGCCUAAUGGGACGCUACUGCCACACCUUUCCAAGUUACUGUUUCACUGUUCCAAGUUACUGUUUCACAGUUCCAAGUUACUGUUUCACAGUUCCAAGUUACUGUUUCACAGUUCCAAGUUACUGCUUCACAGUUCCAAGUUACUGUUUCACAGUUGCAAGUUACUGCUUCACAGUUCAAAGUUAAUGCUUCACAGUUCCAAGUUACUGCAUUUUUCCUAGUUACAGUUCCAAGUUACUGUAUUACUUUAUGUUUUACUCUGUUAUUGAAUGUGCAUUGAAAAGAAUGGGCAUCUUGUAGAAUGUACAAAUGGAUGUGUAUGGAGUGCAAUGAGAGAGUAAAGUGAGUCCUUUAA